AUGGGCAACCCCGCCUUUUUCGCGCGGCCCAUGGCGGUGCAGGCCCCGCCCCUGCCCGUGCCCGUCCCGGGCGGCAGCACCCGCCGGGCCUCGUUGGCCUUUAACACGAACGCACCGCCGCCAAUAGCUCCGGAGCCGCUCACGCCGAUUUUGCCGGUGUGCAAUGAGGCAGAGGAGGAGGACGGCUUCUCCGACGACUCCGACUCCGACCUGGCGCCCUCGCCCACCGGCAAGGCGCGCGUGGCGAUGGUCGCGCCGGGCAUCCUUAGCUUGCGCUACAUCCCUUUCUGA